AUGGAUGCUCGAUGGCAAUUGGCGACAUACGCAGAUGAAGCAUUAAUCGAUAAUGCUUUCAUUGUCAACACGAACACUUCCGAUGAAUUCGCGUACCUUGUUUGGAAGGACUCUCAGGAGGAAGUUGUACUGCAAGUGGAAGGCAUUUUAGCAGAAGCUCAUCACCCACCUGUUAUUGGCAACGAAAUGGAAUACUCUGGGAAAUUGAACGACCUCAUGCAAUCAGUUGUUAUUGUCAGUAGCAGUCAAGACGACACGUUCAGUCGAGCCAUUCAGGGAAUCGAAGCCAUAAAUGCGUUCAUGGCCCGGUUCAAUGUCAAAGUCAAUAUGAUGAAUAACUUCGUAUUGGGCAAUCUGAAAGCUAUUCGCGGACAAACUCGAUUGUUAAUGCCUGUGGGCAAGGCUCGGAUGUCGACAGUUGAUAUUUCUUCAAUCGACUAUGGGAAUGUAUUGAAAAAUAUGAUGACCCAAGGAUCCCAUCAAUAUACAGAGGACAACGUGGUGUCGUAUUUGAAGUGGGGGCCUACCACUGGUGGUGAAAUUUUCGUGUCGGACAUGAAUCCAGCUCUGCUGAAACCUGGGCACAUCGUGGAUCUGGGCUUAUCAUUCAGAUUGAUAAAAAUGCCGCGUCGAGUACAAUUUCAAGCAUGA